ACACCUGGCGGAAGCAGCCGAGGGGGCGGGACAGCGGCGGCAGGAAUGGCAGCCCCGGAGUUGAUGCUGCGGGCCGGGGCCUCGGACAUGGACGAGGACGAGAAUACCCUGGGGAGCGGCCCUGGGCUCCAGGAGCCUCUGCAGCUGGGAGAGCUAGAUAUCACGUCUGAUGAAUUCAUCCUAGAUGAAGUAGAUGUUCACAUUCAGGCAAAUCUAGAAGAUGAUCUGGUAAAGGAAGCUCUUAAAACGGGUGUGGAUCUCCGUCAGUAUUCAAAGCAGGUGGAACUGGAGCUACAGCAGAUAGAACAGAAAUCUAUUCGAGAUUAUAUCCAGGAAAGUGAGAACAUUGCAUCACUACACAACCAGAUCACAGCCUGUGAUGCUGUCCGAGGUUAGUAACCCAUUUUUUCA